UUCAGGACCAACUUGCCACGUUGUAGAUCCAACAGUCUAGUCAACAGUACACCAAGCAAGUAGACAAAGUGUCUUCACCAAAUAUGUCUAACAUGUUGAAAGUUUGUCUGGUAGUCGUUCUUGUUUUCAUUGCAGAAAGCAGAUCAAGUAAACCAGCGAAAUGUGAUGAAGCAAUUGGCUUGUUUGCUAAGCAAGCUCCAAAUUACUAUUUACAAACAUACAGUGACCUAAACAGCAGCUAUUAUGCACGUAUCUGCACCAAGUCGCAACAGGCUGAGCUGCAAAACUGUGUCGAAGGCAUCGAUGUUAACUGUGUGAACAAAGACAAGCAGCGGAAAGCCAGUCAAACAUUGAUCUCAUUGUCUGACGACAUCUGCAGUAAUGACGGAAAAAGUGCCAUUGACCAACUGGAGGCCUCCAAAUGUCUGGACAAUGAGAUAAAGAAACAAAAAGUGAAGGACGCAGUUAAAACCUGUGUUCCUAGUUAUACCGAGGAAUCACAGCUGGCACGUUUACUCGACGAAAAUGCCACAACAUGCUGGACAAAAGGAUUAGAAAACGAUUGUACAGACUGGGGAGCAGACAUAUUUACCCACGUAUAUUCUUUGUUGCUCAAAGUUGCUUAUGGGGAAUAAUUAUUGUAAUCACUUUUUAAAAAGUUCAAUUAAAAUGUAGAUGAAAGCAGA